AUGGAUCGAGAAGGAGGUUCCAAAGGAUCGUGCUAUUACUCUGUGCUUGGAAUCCGCAGGGAUGCCUCCUUCUCUGACAUUCGCUCUGCUUAUCACAAGCUCGCCCUGAAAUGGCAUCCAGAUAGGUGUUCGAAAAACUCUUCGGACGUCGGAGAAUACAAACGCCGGUUCCAGAAAAUCCAAGAAGCCUAUUCAGUGCUGUCUGAUCAGGGGAAGAGAUCAAUGUACGACGCCGGAUUCCUCGAUCUGUUUGAGGAGGAUGAGGGCAUGGGUGAUUUUCUGCAUGAUCUGAUGAAUAUGAUGGAGGAAAAUGUUGUUGCUGAGGAGGAGAGUCUGGAGGAUCUGCAGAAGACAUUUGUCGAUUUGUUCGGUGAGGAUUUGGUCAACAUGAUGCAGGAGACUGAUGAUGAUCGAACGGUUGGAGCAGAAACUGUGCACAUUAGAUUUGGAUUGGAGGCUAGAGCUCUAAUGCUCAAAGCUGUUAAAGAGUUUGUUGAGGCAGUUAAAGUUACCAUGGACCGAAGGUACUUCAAUGAUCAUACUACUGCUCCUUGCGAUGAUAAUUAG